GAAGUGCUUACUAGUCGUCUCCAUGCGCCGGUUCCUGGGCGCCGGAGAUCCUGGGCGCGAGGCUCAGACGGGCAGGUAGAGCUGGCGCGGACGCCGAGGGCCCUCCGCCGGGAACGUGAGCCGCUGCGCCCCUCCGGCCGAGUCCGUGCGCCAAGAUGCUGCUACUGCCGAGCGCGGCGGACGGCCAGGGCACCACCGUCGCCCGCGCGCUGACCUCAGCUUCUGCACUCUGUCCAGUUGAACCUGUGGGAAGAUGGUUCGAAGCUUUUGUUAAGAGGAGAAACAGAAAUGCUUCCGCCUCUUUCCAGGAGCUGGAGGAUAAGAAAGAGUUAUCAGAGGAAUCAGAAGAUGAAGAAUUGCAGUUAGAAGAAUUUCCCAUGCUGAAAACACUUGACCCUAAAGACUGGAAGAACCAAGAUCAUUACGCAGUUCUUGGACUUGGCCAUGUGAGAUACAAAGCUACACAGAGACAAAUAAAAGCAGCUCAUAAAGCCAUGGUUUUGAAACAUCACCCAGACAAACGGAAAGCAGCUGGUGAACCGAUAAAAGAAGGAGAUAAUGACUACUUCACUUGCAUUACUAAAGCUUAUGAGAUGUUAUCUGAUCCAGUGAAAAGACGAGCCUUUAACAGUGUAGAUCCUACUUUUGAUAACUCAGUUCCAUCUAAAAGUGAAGCGAAGGACAAUUUCUUCGAAGUGUUUUCUCCAGUGUUUGAAAGGAAUUCCAGAUGGUCAAAUAAAAAAAAUGUCCCUAAACUUGGUGAUAUGAAUUCAUCAUUUGAAGAUGUAGAUGCAUUUUAUUCUUUUUGGUAUAAUUUUGAUUCUUGGAGAGAAUUUUCUUAUUUAGAUGAAGAAGAAAAAGAAAAAGCAGAAUGUCGUGAUGAGAGAAAAUGGAUUGAAAAGCAGAACAGAGCAACAAGGGCACAAAGGAAAAAGGAAGAAAUGAACAGAAUAAGAACAUUAGUUGACAAUGCAUACAGCUGUGAUCCAAGGAUAAAAAAAUUCAAGGAAGAAGAAAAAGCCAAGAAAGAAGCAGAAAAGAAAGCAAAAGCAGAAGCAAAACGGAAGGAGCAAGAAGCUAAAGAAAAACAAAGGCAAGCUGAAUUAGAAGCUGCUCGACUGGCUAAGGAGAAGGAAGAAGAAGAAGUUAGACAGCAAGCAUUAUUGGCAAAGAAGGAAAAAGAUAUCCAGAAAAAAGCCAUUAAGAAGGAAAGGCAAAAGCUUCGAAACUCAUGCAAGACCUGGAAUCACUUCUCAGACAAUGAGGCGGAACGGGUGAAAAUGAUGGAAGAAGUGGAGAAACUCUGCGACCGGCUUGAACUAGCAAGUUUACAGUGCUUGAAUGAAACGCUCACAUCUGCCACAAAGGAGGGAGGAAAGGCUGCGCUGGAGAAGCAGAUAGAAGAAAUAAACGAGCAGAUUAGAAAAGAGAAAGAGGAAGCCGAAGCUCGCAUGAGACAAGCGUCUAAGAAUGCAGAGAAGUCAACGGGCGGCGGUGGAAGUAGCAGUAAAAACUGGUCAGAAGAUGAUCUGCAGCUACUAAUUAAAGCUGUGAAUCUCUUCCCUGCUGGAACAAAUUCAAGAUGGGAAGUUAUUGCUAACUACAUGAACAUACAUUCUUCUUCGGGUGUCAAAAGGACAGCCAAAGAUGUCAUUGGCAAAGCAAAGAGUCUCCAGAAGCUUGACCCUCAUCAAAAAGAUGACAUAAACAGAAAAGCUUUUGAUAAAUUUAGAAAAGAACAUGGAGUGGUACCUCAAGCAGAUAAUGCAACACCGUCAGAACGAUUUGAAGGUCCAUGCACAGAUUUCACCCCAUGGACAACAGAGGAACAGAAGCUUUUGGAACAAGCUUUGAAAACAUACCCUGUAAACACACCUGAGAGAUGGGAAAAAAUUGCAGAAGCAGUUCCUGGCAGGACAAAGAAGGACUGCAUGAAACGAUAUAAGGAACUUGUUGAGAUGGUAAAAGCAAAGAAAGCUGCUCAAGAGCAAGUGCUGAAUGCAAGUAGAGCCAGGAAGUGACGUAACGACAAUCCUCGUUGUGCGUGCAUUUUUAUAAUAAAACUGAAAACACUGUAUAAAA